UAGACACCAUCCAAGCAUUCUCAUUCAGUCCCUAAAAAUAACAAGCCACUCUCCUUAAAUUCUGAGUGUGGGCAACAGACAAUUGACCCUGUGUUGAUUUCUGUAUCCUCUCCCCAAUCUUCAAAACUCCUAAUUGAGCUAGCCCGCCAUGAGAACAGACAUAGAUAACUUCUGGAUCUUUGCUUUGGCCUCCAAAUGCAGAGUCUUUACACAAGAAAAUAUUGCAUGGUCGCUUUUGAUCAUGGGUUUAGCUUGGAUAGCCACUACCCUUAUUUACUGGGCAUACCCUGGUGGUCCUGCUUGGGGCAAAUACAAACUCAAAAACACUUCCUUCACAAUUUCUAAGCCAAUUCCAGGUCCCAGGGGAUUGCCUCUUAUAGGCGGCAUGAGGCUUAUGACCUCCUUAGCACAUCACAAGAUUGCAGCGGCUGCAGAUGCAUGCAAAGCCAGGAGGCUCAUGGCGUUUAGCCUUGGUGAUACUCGUGUUAUCGUGACAUGCAAUCCUGAUGUGGCUAAAGAAAUACUGAACAGUUCGGUGUUUGCAGAUCGUCCAGUUAAAGAAUCUGCUUAUAGCCUAAUGUUCAAUAGAGCAAUUGGGUUCGCUCCUUAUGGUGUUUACUGGCGAACCCUUAGAAAAAUAGCUUCUACACACCUUUUCUGCCCCAAACAAAUCAAAACUGCGGCGUCUCAAAGACGCCGAAUUGCUUCUGAAACGGUGUCCAUGUUCAAUGACCAUGAAGGGAGUGGUUUCACCGUUCGUGGGAUACUCAAGAGAGCUUCACUUAAUAACAUGAUGUGCUCAGUUUUUGGACGCGAGUAUGAAUUGGAUUCAUGUAAUAGUGAAGUUGAAGAACUGAGAGCUCUAGUUGAUGAAGGGUACGAUUUAUUGGGUACACUUAACUGGACCGACCACCUUCCUUGGCUGGCGGAUUUUGACCCUCAAAAAAUCCGAUUCAGAUGCUCAAAUCUCGUGCCAAAAGUGAACCGGUUUGUCAGCCGAAUCCUGGCUGAGCAUAGAGCUCAAGCUGGAAAUGAAACCCCGGAUUUCGUUGAUGUUUUGCUGUCUCUUCAAGGCCACGAUAAAUUAUCGGACUCCGAUAUGAUUGCCGUCCUUUGGGAAAUGAUUUUCAGGGGCACUGAUACGGUGGCAGUUUUGAUGGAGUGGAUUCUAGCUAGAAUGGUACUUCAUCCUGAUGUUUUAUCAAAGGUCCAUGAUGAGCUUGACAAAGUUGUUGGAAGAUCAAGGGCCGUAGCUGAAUCUGAUAUCACGGCAAUGGUGUAUCUCCAGGCAGCAGUGAAGGAAGUGUUGAGGCUACACCCACCUGGUCCACUUCUCUCGUGGGCCAGGCUUGCCAUCACUGAUACAACCAUAGAUGGGUAUCACGUGCCUAAAGGGACCACAGCAAUGGUUAACAUGUGGGCCAUUUCAAGGGACCCAGAUUCUUGGGAGGACCCGCUUGAAUUUAUGCCUGAGAGAUUCGUGACUAAGAAGGGUGAGCUGGAGUUUUCUGUUCUUGGGUCGGAUCUAAGGCUUGCUCCGUUUGGUUCCGGUAGGCGAACCUGCCCGGGAAAGACAUUGGGCUUAACUACGGUGACCUUUUGGGUUGCGUCACUACUACACGAGUAUGAAUGGCUGCCGUGCGAUGGAAAUAAAGUUGACCUAUCAGAAGUACUGGGUCUGUCCUGUGAGAUGGCAAAUCCAUUGACCGUUAAACUGCGGCCCAGGCGUUCCCAUUAUAAGCCCACUGUACUAGGUGUACAGAACUACGUACUAGAUGUCUAGUCUGGAUCCAAAAAAAAAAGGAAAAAAAUGAGAGAAGACUUCUCCGUGACGGGGUUGCAAAUCUUAAUCCUUGAUCCACCAUAUGAUCAUGUUGUCUUUAGUCUGUCUCUUGGGUGUCGGUCUUUUUUUUUUUGUUUUUUUUUUAUUUAACAGUCGAGUGUCAAAUAUCGUGUCCUUAUUUAUAUAUGUCAUGACAUGUUUCAACUGGUGUAAAUACGAGUGGAAAAAAAAAAAAAAAGAGUUUCAAGUUUCA